CCAAAAACACUCAAAAAUGAGGAUGAGGCCAGCUAUUUGGUGGUUGCUGCUGUUUAUAUGUCACACGUGUCUACUCAAAACUGUAACGACGAACAUUGUGUGUACUCGGCCUCUUCCAAAGGACGGCUCAGAGCUGAGUGGAGGACAGCUACUUUUUGAACCGGGGACAGAAGUUAUACUGUCAUGCAGCCAAGGCUAUUCACGUACCGGGGGGUCACGCAAACUAGUCUGCAAAAAGAAUGGAGAAUGGACCGAGCGUGAGCUGAAGUGCUCCCUAAAGCGGUGUCCAGUUCCUGAAUCACCACAGAAUGGAAAAGUGGCCGUCAAUAAGAUUGCUUACCAAAGCGUCAUCAUGUAUACCUGCAAUGAGGGAUACAUCCUGGUUGGAGCCAAUUCUAGCGAAUGCUUACACACGGCCAAGUGGAGUGAGCCUACUCCAGUGUGUGAACCUGUGACUUGUGGUCUUCCGCCUAUUCCACCUUAUGCCAAAAUCGUGUAUGACAGGGAGUUUACGGGGGACACGGUUCCAUUUGGUUUUGGAGGGAUCUAUGAGUGUUUGCCUCCCAUGAUUCUCGUUGGCAAUAAGAGAUCCACAUGCACUGCAGAUGGCACAUGGACGGUACCACCAGAUUGCACGUUGGUAACAUGUCCUGUGCCCACGCUGAUAGAGAAUGGCUUUCUGUCAUUUGCUGAGUUGCGAGAGUAUGGAUAUGGGGAAAAAGUCAAAUACGGCUGUCACAAACCCUACAUCCUCGAUGGACUUUCGGAGGUUGAAUGUAAAGAAACUGGCUGGUCCAGCCUUCCAACAUGUAGAGGUACCUGCUCUCACAGACUGACAAUGUGUUGCUAA